AUGGCUACUCAUACUCAAGUUUCCGCUUUCAAAAGUCCUUGGCCUUCGCCUGACGGGUUACCUCCGUAUCCUCGAUAUAGCCUUGACGAUUGGCUAGAGGAGAUGUCCUCUACCGCACCUAUCCACCACUCAAAACUCUACCUUGACGGCGGAGAUGUCGUCUUUCAGGUAGAGAACCUGCUCUUCCGACUACACUCGUACUUCUUUGUACGCGAGUCUGCGUACUUCCGCGAGCUCCUGCAAGAGCCCCACGGCACGUACGGCGAGCUCAGAGUUCGCCCGAACUCAGACCGGCAGCCCUUUCAUCUCGAGGGUAUCACGGUACCAGAGUUCGCCGCUCUAUGCUGGAUCUUCUACAACCCCAAGUACUCCGUCUACGAAGCAAGCGCGGACAAAUGGGCGAUGAUCUUGCAUCUCGGACAAGGAUGGGGGUUCGCCGAGGUGACCGCCCUCGCCGUCCGCGAACUCGAGAAGCUCGACGUUCCGCCUGUGCAGAAGAUCGCGCUGUAUCAGCGACACGGGAUCGACGGAUCGCUUCUCCAGGCUGCGUUCGAAGCGCUCGCCCGCCGCCCCGAACCGCUGUCUCCCGCAGAGGGUAUGCUUCUCGGUAUCGAGACUUUCGCUCGUAUCGCCCACGCGCGUGAAAUGGCCCGUGCACCGGAGACGCCCAGUCCUACGUUGCUCAAUAUCACUACGGAUGGCCUGCGUGGGAUCUUGGAGAAGGUCGGGCUCAGCCCGUCGAUCAAGCUUAGGACGGAUGGGCAAAGCGGGUUGGGUCCACUCACUGCCCCUGCUCUCGGACAGCAGAGCCGUCGUCCAUUCGAUACUGUUCCGCCUACACCACUCGAGUCGAUCCCGGAGACGCCUACGACCAACUCGUCCGAGGCGCCUCCGUCGUACGACAAGACGCACUCAAAAGGAUCGUACCAAGGUACGACCGGUAUGCGCCGAACCAACAGCCUAGGGUUCGGCUUCGGACAUACUCCAACGGCGCCUUGGACCGGCAGAGUCGGUGAGAGGAGGACGUGA